GGGCCACGCACGUCCCGGCACUUAACCUCUGCCCGCCCGGCGCGAAGUUAGAGGCCGGGGUUGCGCGAGCGGCGCGCACUCCCGGCGGUGGGGAGCGGAGGCAAGGAGCCGGAGCCGGAACAGGGGCCCGAGCCCGAGCCCGCGGCCGCGGCCUGGCCCAGGAUGACUUGCUACCGAGGCUUCCUCCUGGGCAGCUGUUGUCGCGUGGCGGGCGGCCGGGCGGCGGCGCUGCGGGGACCGGGUGCGGGAGGCCCCGCCGCGCGGCCCCAGCUGGGCGGUGACGGUGGCGGCCGGCGGCAUCUGGGGCAGAGGCAGCCGCGCGAGCUGGCGGGCUGUGGCAGCCGCCCGGACGGCGGCUUCCGCCCCUCCCGGGUGGUGGUGGUGGCCAAAACCACCCGGUACGAGUUCGAGCAGCAGCGGUACCGUUACGCGGAGCUCUCGGAGGAGGACCUGAAGCAGCUGCUUGCAUUGAAAGGAUCUAGCUACAGUGGACUUCUUGAACGACAUCAUAUUCACACCAAAAAUGUAGAACAUAUUAUAGAUAGUUUACGGAAUGAGGGAAUUGAGGUUCGUCUAGUAAAGAGGAGAGAAUAUGAUGAAGAGACUGUUCGAUGGGCAGAUGCUGUCAUAGCUGCAGGAGGUGAUGGCACAAUGCUGCUGGCAGCAAGUAAAGUCUUGGACAGACUUAAACCAGUUAUAGGGGUAAACACUGAUCCAGAGCGGUCUGAGGGUCAUUUAUGCCUGCCCGUUCGAUAUACACAUUCCUUUCCAGAAGCCUUACAGAAGUUCUAUCGUGGUGAGUUCAGGUGGUUGUGGAGGCAGAGAAUCAGGUUAUACCUUGAAGGGACUGGCAUAAACCCUGUUCCUGUGGACCUUCACGAGCAGCAGCUAAGCUUGAAUCAACACAAUAGAGCCCUUAACAUUGAAAGAGCUCAUGAUGAAAGGUGUGAGGCUUCAGGACCCCAACUUCUGCCAGUGAGAGCACUAAAUGAAGUCUUCAUUGGGGAGAGUCUGUCAUCCAGGGCUUCCUACUAUGAGAUUUCAGUUGAUGAUGGUCCAUGGGAAAAACAGAAGAGUUCAGGGCUCAAUUUGUGUACUGGAACAGGAUCAAAGGCCUGGUCAUUCAAUAUUAACAGGGUUGCAACUCAGGCAGUAGAAGAUGUUUUAAAUAUUGCAAAACGACAAGGGAAUUUGAGUCUUCCAUUGAACAGAGAAUUGGUAGAGAAAGUAACAAAUGAAUAUAAUGAAUCACUGCUCUACAGUCCAGAAGAACCAAAAAUACUUUUCAGUAUUCGAGAACCAAUAGCAAAUAGAGUUUUCUCAAGCAGUCGUCAGCGUUGUUUCUCCUCAAAGGUUUGUGUUCGUUCUCGUUGUUGGGAUGCCUGUAUGGUUGUGGAUGGAGGAACUUCUUUUGAGUUUAAUGAUGGUGCAAUUGCUUCGAUGAUGAUCAAUAAAGAAGAUGAGCUUCAAACUGUGCUUCUAGAACAGUGAAGGAUUUCCUCAUGACAAAUUUUGAUUACUGGAGAAAAUAUUUUUACUUCAGAAACGGACUACCAGUCGUAAAGUGACAUUUUUUUGGUUAUUGUUGAGACUGCUUGUUGGAUUCUGAUAGAAAAAAAGACAUUCACUGUAUAAGAAAAUGGAUGGACUGAACUAAUUAGAAUUGAUAGCAGUGAAAUUUUUAUAUUGCUUACAAUUGGUAACCAAGAGUGCUGAUAUCUUUUUAAAUUUAUAGGGGCAGGCUUAAAUAAAGAACUAAAUAUUUAGGAUUUGAAACUUAACUGUAUAAGUGUUUUUUCCUUCCCUUUCCUCCUAGUUCUGGGAUUGUCAGAACUGAACACAUAUCAUUUCAUUAGUGCAUAUUUUUUAUAGUACCUGAAAAUCAAGAUUUUGAAAAAAUUUUCAUGACAGAGAAUUUUGAUAAAUCCUGACAUUGACCUAAUUGACAUAGGUAAAUAUGUUUGUAUAUGUGCUAAGAAUUUUCUAAUUUCAGAACACAAGGAUGAUGUUAUGACUAUUGAUUUAAAAAUUUCAAAUAAUCAUUUUUGAAAUUAUAGAUGAAUGCUUUGAGUUUCAUUCUGUUUAAUUUCAGCAGUGCUGGGUGAAAUACAGAUAUCAGAACAAAUCAUGAUGCUGUUACAAAAGUAUUAGUUAUCCAAUAAGUGUUUUAAGUCAAUUUUUUAAAAAUGACGUGAGUCCUACAGGUUUCUUCCGUCUUUAAAAUGCUCAAAUUUUAAAGACGGAAGAAAGAUUCAGGGACUAAAAGGAUGAACUGACUAGACAUUUUCUAUUAGGAGUUUGGUAAAAUAUUGUAAAAAUAUUUUCACCUGUGUUAGGAGUAUUAUCACAAAUAAUGGAUUCUUUAAUAAAUAUGUAAAACACAGUAGUUUUAGAAUUGCCUUCCUUAGUAUUGUGGUUUUCACCUAGCUUAUACUCCAAGUUUUACAGAAUUGCUUUUAGGAUAAAAUGUUAGUACUUUUUUUCCCCCCCAUUAUGAGAAUUCCUUUAUUUUUGGAGGAAAUUAUCUAAUUCUUGAUCUACUUAUAAGUAAUCCUAGAAUUUUUGCCAAAAGAUCCUGUCAUUGCAUAAUGAAACAGUUGGUAUUCUCAUGCCAUUGUUCAAAGUCAUGUGUUUCUUUCACUUGCUGCUGAAAAUUUCUGUUCAGUCAUUGACAAAUAUUUAUUGAACACCCACUCUGUGCCAUGUACUACUAUGUCAGGUGCUAGAUAUGUUGAUGAACGAAACAGACUCUAUCCUUAUACAAUUUGAGUCUUGUGGGCUCAGAAGUAAAUUCUGUGAAAGCUGGAUGGAUAAUCAAAUUGAGUGCUCUUAGUUUUGCCAAUAUUUAACACGUUGUUCUUAUCAAUUUUUUAAAAUAAAUGUUAAUGUACAAAGUUAAUCUAGGUUUUGAUGUAUAUCCGGAGAAUCAGUUUUUCUUAAAGUAUCUGCAUAGACAUUCAUAGCAAAGAAUUUAUGACAUAUCAGAUAGAAAUACAUUAAAAUGUAGUGUUUUCCCAGAGCUGGAUCUAGUUUCUGGCUUUUUGUUUUUGUUUUUGUUUUUUUUUUUGAUAUACAUAAGACCACUUUAUAAAGAAGCUCCACACUAUAGAACCUCCCCUAACAGGCUCAAAAUACCUUCUUUUUUGCUGUCGCCCAGGCUGGAGUACAGUGGCACAAUCUCAGCUCUGCAACCUCCAUCUCCUGGGUUCAAGCGAUUCUCCUGCCUCAGCCUCCCAAGUAGCUGGGAUUACAGGCACGCAACACCACGCCUGGCUGAUUUUUUGUAUUUUUAGUAGAGAUGGGGUUUCACCAUGUUGAUCAGGCUGGUCUCAAACUCCUGACCUUGUGAUCUGCCCACCUCGGCCUCCCAAAGUGCUGGGAUUACAGGCAUGAGCCACCAUGCCCGGCCUUAAAAUGCCUUCUUAAAGAAAAAAAUGCCAGCUCCAUCUUUAAUCUCAAGGAAAUCUGAAUGUCCAAAUAGAUCUGUUAAUAUGUAACAUAUUAAUAGGUAACUUGCUGUGUAAAAUUUUAAGCCAUGUUCUAAAAGGUUUUAAAAAUAAUGUGCUCCAUUUGUGAUAUAAUUUCUAACAUUUCUGCUCUGAGGUGGGGAUUUAUUUGUAAAAAUGAGAGGCAAAGGAAUGUUAGCAUAGCAAAAGUGUUUUGAGUGAGUUAACCUUUUAAUGGCAACCCUAUGUGAAUAAAAUUACACCACUGUUA